GGAAAAUCCUCGCAUUCGCUUCCGGUUCGGGAGAAUCCCGUUCAACUCAAAUCCCGGUUCACGUGAAAUCCCCCGCAAAAAUUCGCUUGUUCGAGGCCAAAACCCGUUCCAUGAGAAAUCCAUAGACAAAAACGGUCAGGGUGGCGAUGUGGUACUACAAGGAUUGUUACAGGCCCAGGUGGUGGUGAGUCCUACCAGAAAUCUUCCCGAAAACCAAGGCCAAAAAGAUGGACAGGCGUUUUGUGUUGGGUGCGACGGAACCCGCCGAGCGCGGCGAGAUGAGCUUCAAGUGUCCACUCUGUGAUAUGCCGAUCGAGACGCAGGAGAAGCUGCACCAGCACAUCAAGGUUACUCAUAGCCAUUACUAUUACGAUACGUAUCUGUUUCCGCCGGAAAUGCUGUUCCCGGGCGCCUCCGUUAGCACGACAGCGAACGUGGAGGGUGUGAUAAGUAACGAACCGCUCUCCACGCCGGAAGUGACGAUCGAACAAACGGAGGAAGAAUGCUGUGCCUGCUGCGCGUACGAGGAAUCCGGUUCGGCGGGCGAUUGUGGGUUUUGUGAUUGCGAGGAUGAUGGCCAGGGCGAGUGCGAUGACUGUCUCGUGAUGUGAAGCCGGUAUUUGCAUCAUGCGGUCCACGAGGUACGGGCAUGCGCCAGGAUAAUAGUAAUUGCAUUUGGUUAAAGGCGGAAGGAUGAUGCCACAGGACAUCCAGCAUUGCUCGCAAGUGCCUACUUUGCUCUAAGGCUUCGAUCCGCAAUAUUUUUACCGGUACACCCAAAAUAGCUACAGGGUUCCCGCCAGCUACAGGGAUGAUUCCGCAUCCGCUUGGGAGGGUGGUAUUGAUUUUUAUCAUUUUUUUUUAUCUUGGCGCAUCCCGGAGCAAACCAUGUCGGAAGCAACUCAACCCCCAUUCCUCACUCUCUAUUUCUCUCGUUUUGAGGUACAAAACCCACAAAGAACAAAGUUAACGUCUGGGGAUAGAACGUGACAGCGUUUGUAGAGCUGAACUGAAUGUAUGAGUGUUCAAGCCCGAGAGGGUGAUCUAGAGUCCCACCUGUCGUUGUUGUCGUAGCGAUUAGUAUUCGGAUCUUGAGAUGGCCGAUCCAGGAAAGGCCCCAGAAAGGAUAGCAAGUACCUCCGGCAGGGUGCCUCUCGUUAUCGUCGUUGUUAACAGCUGCUACUAGUUAACACAUCUAGUGUAUACGUGUGUCUGUUUGUCUGUGUGCAUGCUGCUCGUUGUUUUAGGUUUAGCUCCCAACGUUUCCUUCAAGGAACGAACCUCCGAUUUUUGGUGGUAGAAACACUUUCAAGCGUAGCGUUUAGUAAGCGAUGGCAAUAUUUAGGAACUAGAAUGGGAACUAGGGACGCUGCGUGACGAAAGAAGGAAGAGCAAUGCUCCAUCGAUCAUACUCAUUAGCAAGUAACGAAUGAUACGACGAUGUACGGUGUUUGCCGUAUAGUUGGCUGUGUAGGGACAAGCAAUCUUAAGAUGGCCAGGUAGAACUGCUAGAUGGAAGCGUAGGACAUCACCUCAUAACACUCAACAGACGCAGUUGCAAUGGUGAAGCAAAAGAGGUCAGCACUCUAUUCUGUAGGACGAUAAUUGUGACUUUUCUCCACCAUUUCUCAAACGAACACACGUCCAAAACCCACCUAGCGGUAACACGUAGAGUACAAGACUGUAGUGGCACGAAACUAAAACUCGAAAUGAAAUCACCAAAGGAUUUGCGCUCACCUGAUCUUGGCCCCUCAGGCUCCAAACGCUGUAUAGUUUGUGCCAAGAAAUGAAAAAAGGAAACCCCUUUACCCCGUUUUUUAAGUAUCUCAAGUUAUCGUUACGAGUUUUAAGAUUUUAUAACACACAACAUUGGAAACCUAUAGACUGCCUUUCGCUUAGCGACUCGAUCCUUCUUCUUCCAUCCUUGCGUUUUGGUGCGCGAUGUGCCGAGCGACAUAAACCUUCCGGGAGACGAUUUUAUUUUAGGCGUUUUGUACCCAGUAAGAAAUGGAAAUGGAAACAAACCCUCUCGAAUUCCCCACCGGGCAAGUAGCGAGUUAUACGAAAGCCAAGCCAUUUUGUAUCGAAGCAAGCUCAUUAGUAGAGACUGAGGAAGGCGAUGCUCCCCCCUUGGACAUGUCUUAGCAGAAAUGAAAUAAAAGAAAAAAAAGUAUCCCAAACAGAAUACAUUUACAAUGAGAUAUACGUUUAGCUUUACAAAAUCCAAAUCUUGUCCAUGAGUGCACGCUACAAUGAUAGCAUUUUUAUUAUAGGAACGAAAUGGCUCUACGCUCAUUAAUGAUUCUUAAAUAGGUUUAAAUGUUGUAAAAGAAGCAUUUACAAGAAGGCAGCAGUAAAUAUGAGAAGGAUAAAAAAACCAGUCCCCCUUAAAAACCGAUACAAAACACAGUAGGCAAGGCUCAGAGCACUCAAAUGUUACCAGCUGGAAUGGAACAU